AUGGAACUACAUUCAGCCAUUGGUAUUGAUAUUGGAACACAGAGCAGUGUGAUUGCUACUGUAAAAUCAGGAGGUAUUGAAAUUAUCCUCAAUGACAGCUCUAACAGACUAACUCCAUCUGUCAUCGCUUAUGGAGACAAUGAGAGAAUGAUAGGUGACUCAGCUGUCGCCCAGAUGAGAGGAAAUUUCAAGAACACCAUUCCAUACAUCAACAGAUUCGUCGGACUUACAUCCGAUUGUCAGGAGCAGAUCGAUGAAGAAGGUAAAUAUAUUUCCAACAAGAUUACCUUUGGGAAAGAUAAGAAAUUAAAUUUCACUAUUGCCAACAAGGGUGAAAUGUUAGAGCUGGUUCCUGAGCAACUCUAUUCAGCUUAUUUAAAGAAAUUGAAGAAAUUAUUCGCUACUGAAGAGGACAAAGUCGAUGUUGUUCUCUCUGUACCUCCAUUCUUCUCCACCAUCGAAAGACUAGCACUUCUGGAUGCCUGUAAAGUAGCAAAUGUCAACUGUUUGAGACUUAUCAACGAGAACACCGCCAUUGCUCUUUGUUAUGGAUUCUUCAGAAGGAAAGAGUUCAGUGAAAAGGCCAAAAAUAUAGCAUUUUUGGAUAUGGGGCAUGGUAAGACUACUUGCACUAUUGCUAGUUUUACCGAUAAAAAGGUAACUAUUCUCAGCCACGCUAGCAACAGGAAUCUUGGAGGUAGAAACUUCGAUUACCUUCUUUGCGAUAUUAUCGGUGGAGAAUUUAACAAGAAAUUUGGAUGUGACCCAAGGAAAGCUCCCAAGGCUAGACUCAGAAUGCUCGACCAGAUUGAGAAGAUCAGGAAGAUGUUGUCCGCCAAUUCCGAAGCAGUUUUGAAUAUCGAGUGUCUCCUUGAGGAUGAGGAUUUGCAUCAAGCAUACACUAGAGAAGAAUUCGAGAAAUUGAUUGAUCCAAAUAUCCAGGAAUUAAAGAAGGUGAUGAUUGAAGCAUUAGAAAAAUCUAAGUUGAAAACAUCUGCUAUUGAUUGUAUUGAGCUUGUUGGUGAAGCUACCAGAACUCCAAUUGUCAAGAGAUUAGCAGAGGAAGUAUUCGAGAAAGAGAAGCACCAGAGAACGAUUAAUAGUUCAGAGUGUGUCGCAAGGGGAUGCUCUUUGAUGGCUGCUAUGAUUCUUCCACAAUAUCAUGUUCCCCCAUUUGAAAUCAAGGAAAGUAACCCACAUCCAAUUAAUGUUUCCUGGUCUGUAUCAGACGGAAAGAUGAAGAGCCAGACCUUGUUCCCAGCUGGAAACAAUUUCCCAAGUGUAAAGAGUCUAACCUUCGACGGAAGAAGUGAACCCAUGGAUGUAGGAAUUGCUUAUACUUCAAAAGACGAAAUUAUUGAAGGAAUUCCUCAGCUUCUUGCCAGAUACAAAAUUGAGCCACCAAAGCCAAAAGAAGAGAAAUUUGGAUUAAAACUAAGAGUGCAGCUCGAUCAAAAUUGUAUCCCAGCUCUUGACACUGCUGAACAGAUAGAGGAAUAUAUUGAGAUCAAGAAAAUUCCAAUUAAGCAAGAUGCGCCUAAAGCAGCCAAGACUGAGAAGAAAGAAGGUGAAGGUGAAGGAGAGGGUGCCAAAAAGGAAGAUAAGAAGGAACCAGAAUACCAAUAUGAAGAGAAAGAAGUUAAAAAGACCAGAAGCACUCAGAUUCAUUUCAAGUAUGAGCAUCAUGGAUAUGGAGCUCAACAAAUUGAAGACUUCAUUAAGGUUGAAGCUGAAAUGACCAAACAAGACAAUGUUAUUCUUGAGUAUAAAGUACUGAAGAACAAUGUUGAAACUUAUGUCUAUGACAUGAGAGCAGCUCUUGAUACCGUAGGAAAUUACAAAGAAUUUAUCCUCGAUGCUGAUAGAGAGACCUUCCUUAGCUCUCUUAAUGCUACUGAGGAGUUUAUUUAUGAUGAUGAUGAUCACACUCCUGAUACACUCCAUCAAAGAUUUGAUGAAUUAAAGAAAAUAGGAGAGCCUAUCAAAGCAAGGGCGAAAUUCCAUGAAUUCUUCCCAUUAAGGAUGAGUGACUUUGAGAAUCACAUAAACAACUUCUUCUCUCAGGCAGCCAACAUCCCUGAGGAUAGCCACAUCACUAAGGAAGAAGUAACAGAGCUGAUGAAGGCUUGUGAAGAUAACAAAAACUGGAUUGCCACUUGCACAGAAAAUAUCUCUACUUUACCAAAGCAUGAGGAUCCUGCUUUUGAUUUAGCAGAGAUUGAACACAAAAAGAACGCUCUGAUUGAUUUAGGAACUAAGAUUCUAACUAAGCCAGAACCUAAGAAAGAAGAGCCAAAGAAGGAAGAAGGAGCUGAAAAGAAAGACGACAAGAAGGGAGAUGCCUCAGCCCCAGCACCAGAAGAUGCUAAGGAAGUCGAGGAUGCUAAGAUGGAUGAUGCUAAUUAGGAAAUCUAAUAA